AUGCCGCGCCUGCCGUCGUCGGCGUCGAGCUCGGACGCUGGACACACUUCGUCAACGUAUGCGGCGCCCGUCCCUUCGCAACCAAGCGCGCUGGACGACCGAAAGAUCAGCAUCCUCACGCUGAACGUAUGGGGGCUCAACUACAUCUCGAAGCUGCGCAUCGCGCGCAUCAAGGCCAUCGCCUCGCACCUCACCGCGCCCUCCACACCGCACUACGACUUUGUGUGUCUGCAGGAGAUCUGGUACGAGUCCAAGGACUGGCGCUUUCUGCGGCACGCGCUCGCCGCACGCUAUCCUCACUCCAAGUUCUUCUACUCGGGUGCCUUUGGCUCGGGUCUCGCCAUCCUCUCGCGUUGGGAGAUCAUCGAGACGCGCACGCAUCCCUACUCGCUCAACGGGCAGCCCAUCCACGUGCACCACGGCGACUGGUUCGUCGGCAAGGCGUGUGGUGCCAUCACCAUCGACCAUCCGAGGCUAGGCAUGCUCGAUGUGUGGAACACGCAUUUCGUCGCGGCAGGAGGCGAGGAUGGGCCCGAACAUCGAAGGUCGCAUCGCAUCAUCCAGGCGUACGAGUUCGCGUCGCUGUGCAGGAACAGUGCUGCGCAGGGGAGGCACGUUGUGUGCGUGGGCGACCUCAACUCGACGCCGCCGUCGCUGGCGAUUGGCCUGCUCAAACACGUCGGAGGGAUGUACGACAGCUUCCUCGACUCGCACCCACAGCUACCCGAGCAUGCUACGUCGCUCGACGCGGAGGCGCCACCGCCUGGGCUGGGCCGGCGCGGCUCUGCGGCGGCGGGGCCGGAUCCGCAGAGGGCGAUUGACGAGCUCGGCGUCACGUGCGACUCGCCGCUCAACACCUGGACGGCAGGCAAGAAGCUCGAUGCGCGCGCCACGCGCGGUGCCGGUAAGCGCCUCGAUUACAUCCUCUACCGCGGCCCUAUCGUCCGCCCCGAAGCUUCUGCGCUCGCGCACAGUGCGUCUGCCUCGUCACGUGGCCGUCUCAGCUGCGCUUCUUCCUCGGUGGUGUUCACCCACCGCGUGCCCGGUGUCGAAUGCUCGUAUUCGGACCACUUUGGCGUCGAGUCGGUAUUCAGCAUCGCAGAAGACGCCGACGCAGCGUCGGUGCAAGGAGGUGGACGGGUGGACCAGGCGCGUGUGCUCGGUGCGGCGCUUAGCGCGUUAGCGGGAGGCUUUAGCGCCAGCCGCGCCACGCAGACGAGCCACUUUUACGCGUUUGGCGCAGCGCUGUUGUUGGCGGUGGCGCUGAUCGUGGCGAGCAUCUUCCAGCCGCUCGCGGGCGUCAAUCCGCUCUUUGUACUGCUCGCCGUCGUUGCCGGCUGGGCAGGCACCACCAUGCUCUACAGCGCAGUCGUCUGGGGCGAGUGGGAAAAACGAACACUGCGAACCGUCAUGGAGACGCUUGAACUGGAAAUCGGCCAUCUGCGUCGCGGCAUCCACGCCAACACCAGUGCCGGUGCCGGUGCCGGUGCCGGUGCCGGUGCCAGUACUGCCGCCGCUGGAGCUGUGCCCGAAGCCGUUCGCGAAGGACCUCUGUUCUAA